CUAAAUGCAGCGCGAUCACGCGCGUUUGGUGAGUAGUAGAAGGUCCGCGUUACACCGCGGCGCGGUCUGACCUCUCGUCUUCGAGUCCAGUCCCCGUCGAGUCUGGUUUUCCCGACGGCCGUCGAUCUACGAGUCUCGGUGUGCUCAGUGGCACUCGGUGACGUUUCGCGGGCUGCGUUUCCGCCGACUCGCGAGACGACGACGACGAGGAGAGUCGGGGCCGUCUGAGAUGCCGGACGCGUACGAAAACAUUAACAUGGCAAUGCGGAGCAUAUUAACGGCCGGCGCAAUCGCGGAUAGCGAGGACCCGUACUUCCAAUUCAACGACUUGACGCCAAUGGACAACACGGGUGUCCUGAGUCCUUUCAGUUCUGGAUCCCAGGGAAACAUAAGCGCCACGUCACCCAUGUCGACAUCCUCGUCGCCCAUGCACGUCACGGAUAAUUAUAUUACUCUGACCAACGCAGUGACUGUACUUGGCGAGGCGUACAUCAGUAUCGUGGUCCAGCCAAUGGAUAAGUUCAGAUUUAGGUACAGAUCCGAAAUGGCGGGAACGCACGGGAGUCUGAUGGGUGUACUUAAUGGACGUAAACGAUGUAAAAGUAACGUGCCCACGGUCAAGCUACACAAUUUCCUGGAUAAAGCGAUAAUACGUUGCACAGUGGUCACAGUUGACGAAGAUCUCAGGAUACCGCACCCUCAUAAAUUAGUGAAGCGAACAGAUGGCACAGAUAAUGGAGAGCCACAUUACGUAGAAGUUUCGUGUCAUAAUGAUUUUACAGCAGAAUUCCAUGGUAUGGGCAUAAUACAUACGGCGCGGAAAUAUGUUAAGGAAGAGGUAGUACGAAAAUUGCGCGACGAAAUACUGGAGGAACGUAAACGUACAAAUAUGAACGCUUUUCUCAGUUUCCGUGAUGACGCUCAGAUUAAAAUCGACGCGGAACUGUAUCAAAAAUCACUGAACCUAAACAGCGUCGCUCUUUGUUUCCAAGGGUUUAUCAAAGAUAACUAUGAUAUUAUGCGACCGAUUACAGCACCUGUUUAUAGCAAUCCAAUCAAUAAUUUGAAAAGUGCAUUAACUGGAGAACUUAAGAUAUGCAGAAUUGACAAAUACACUAGUAGUUCUGAAGGUGGUGAAGAAGUGUUCAUGCUUGUGGAAAAAGUUUCAAAAAAAAACAUAAAGAUAAAAUUCUUCGAGGUCGACGACGACGAGUCCGAAAUCUGGAUCGAUUACGGUCGCUUCUCUGAAUUGGAUGUCCAUCAUCAGUACGCCAUGGUGUUUCGAACGCCACCAUAUAGAGAUCGAAAUAUCACUUCACCGAGAGAAGUCUUUAUACAACUGGAACGUCCGUCAGAUUCAGCCUGUUCAGAACCAAUCAAAUUCAUAUAUAAACCGAGUGAUCGUGCGAUAGGUAGGAAGAGAACGCGAGCUUGUCAUUCCAAUAGCGCGGAAUUGGUGCAAGCAACAUUUAAUGACAAUACGCCAGUAGCGAAUACACAACAGACAAAUGUGCCUUCGGGCAACGACAGUACCGAAAUAUCUAAAGAACUAAAAAAGUUGUUAGAUGAUCGAUGCUCUUCUAAUGAGUUCCGCGAAUUUUUCGACCAUUUUAGCUCAGACGAUAUUAUGCUGUAUGAGAAAUUCAUACAGCAAGGCGGCGAAAAUAAGUUAACUUACGAUGGUGCACCGAGUAAAAAUGACGACAAUUCGUUUGCGAAAGAUGUUAUUAUCAAUAUGACGCAGAGCAUCAAAACGAAACCAAAUGAAGCGAAAGAUAUUAUUAAACAAUCGCUUAAUGAUAGAACGACGUACGGAGACUCGCCAUUGCACUGUGCGCUACGGUAUGGACAAAAAGAUAAUGUCAAGCGAAUCUUAAUUCUUAUGAGCACACUAAAUACAGAUGCUGAAGAAUUAGUGAACAUUCGAAACAGUUCUGGGAAAACUCCGUUGCAUUAUGCUGCUUCGCAAGAUCAACCGCAAGUUACAAAAGCAUUGCUCACGCUUGGCGCAGAUCCAAAUAUAGCCGAUAUUUACGGACAAAUGCCAUUGCACAAAGCUGUAAAGUCUCCAGAAGCGAAAGGAAGCAUUGAUAUUCUAAUAGCUCAAAAAGACGUCAAUAUCGAAGCAAAUACGGAUUUAGGAUGGUCACCUUUGCAAUUGGCUGCCAAAGAAGGCUUGUAUUGUGCAGUGCGUUCUCUCGUGACAGCUGGCGCAGAUGUAAAUAGCGCUGACAUGACCUACGGAAGAACUGCCUUGCAUAUAGCAGUCGAAGGAGGCCACAAAGACAUUGUCAAGUUCCUGUUAGAAAACACCAAUAUAGACGUAAACAAGAGGAACUUCAGCGGAAAUACGGCGCUUCAUAGCGCGGUAGUUAUACCAGGGUCGAAAGCCAAUGAGAUAUGUACUCUUCUAAUGCAAUACGGCGCUGAUCCAUACCUAAGGAAUUACAAUUGCGACUCAUCUGUCUUCGAGGGUGAACCGAUGCAAAUAAAAAUAAAAGCUGAACAUUCGGAAGACGAGAACACAAUGGAAGAACACGUCGGACAAUCAUCCUUCGACUUGGCCUCAAACAAGCCAGACAUCUUGCAGCUCGUCUCUGGUCAAAAUGACAUGUCGCUAGAUAACGCGAUUAAGGAAGAACAUAUAGAUGACACGCAAAAAGUUUGGAUGGAUGCGGAACAGGAGAAGCAAUUAGCGGACAUUCUGGACGAGACGAAAGGGUGGGGAAAAUUGGCACAACACUUUGACUUCGAGUAUUUACUGAAUAUCUUCGAGAACGGCUCAACCAAUUCGACGUUGCUGUUGAUAAAUUUUAUUGCUAUACAAACCUGUACUUCCCUCGGCGAAUUGCGAAAUAUAUUGUGGGACUUGGGCCUAGAAGAGGCCGCGACGUACAUGGAUCAAGUUUUAUCUAUGAAACAUGAGACGUGAGGCGCGUACUUUUAAAUUAAUCAUAGGUUCGGAUUUUAAGAAUCUUUCGAAAUUUAGUUUGGAUAAAUCUAUGGUGAGAAAGCGAUCGUUAAGGAUCAGCUCUGACAU